GUCUGCCUCGUCACUGGUCCAGGGACACUGGACCAUGCGACCCACGGAAUCCUCCCCCGCCAGCCGCCGCUCGGCUCGGCUGCGCUCCGCGGCCUCCGGGCAUCGCCAUCGGAGUGAGCAGGAACAAGAAGGCGGAGUCGGUAGCGUCCGUGCACCGGGGGUCCCACUCCCCUGAGGCCGUCCGGGGCUCCGUGCAAAGUGGGGGCAUUGGGGGGGAAGGGUGCGAGGUCGCCGUCUCCCCCGCGCCAUGUCGUCAGUAGCAUCAGACCGCAGUCAUUUCUUCCUCAUGUCGGCAGAUGUCUUGAAUACCCACAGAUUCUUAAGCUGUCCCUUGCUGUCAUUUCUAAGCAAAAAGGCUAAACUCACCGGUUGAUCGUCAUGUUGACAUCACCAGUCUCAGUGAACUAGGAUGCUGACUGCCUGAAUGUUUCAGCUUUCUCACUAUUUAAAAUGCAACAUUUACAUCAUGGUGCACAAUAUCAUCAAAGGCCCAUAUACAUAUGUUAUGCAGCUUGCAGAGCAUAUGCUGGUUGUUUCUCAUGGUUUUAUCUGUUAUAGUGCACCACUAAUGAUACUGGUUGGUGACAUAUAGUUGCUUAAGAUGGCAACACGGGCGGCACACAUAUAUACCCCUGUGAGGAAUGGAAGGUUCAAUACUUAUAAAUUAUAAUCAUACUUUAGUUCAUGUUGCAUCAUUUGCAAACAAAUUGCCGUGUUUAGAAAUGGAUAGGUAACUAGAAAUUUGAGCUAAUCUAUUAGCAAAUAGGGUGUUGUUCAUUUAAGAUCAAACCAUCCCUUUGUACCAUAUUGGAAUAUUGAGGUACAAUAAUCAGCUUGGUCAAGGAUGUUAACACAUCACAUUUUGAUGGACAUGAUUAUCAACUCUAGUAGAAGUACCCCAUGAUGCUGUAGUGCGAUUGGUAACUGUUUUUUUAACAAGGGCUUAACAUGGUACAGUCUACUAUUGUCAAAAAAAAAAAACAUGGUACAGUCUAUUAUAGGUCAGACUUAAACUCUUACUUCCAGAUUACUCUAUAGUAACCAAAUCACCAUCGCUUUCUACAUCAACAAAUAGAAAAGCAUGGAAAGCACAGGACAUUUUUUUAGUGAAAUUGCACGGAGCUAUACAUAUAUGCGGGCAGACAUCCAUUGCAGUUGCAAUGGAGCUUUCACAGCCCUUUUGUCUGAUGUUUGUCUGUGGAGUUUGGUGGCUCACAGCAUAUAUAAAAUGCAAUAGAAGCUUACUGAUAUCCUUGUUAACUCAGUGCUUAAUCUAGUACAAGCUGCUAGCUGAUAGUAAAUUGAUCAAUGGGGAGACAACCAUGCUGUGACAAGCAGGGGGUGAAGCGAGGGCCAUGGACAGCGGAGGAGGACAAGAAGCUCAUUAGCUUCAUCCUGACACAUGGCCGGUGCUGCUGGCGGGCAGUGCCUAAACUGGCAGGGCUGCUUCGUUGCGGCAAGAGCUGCCGUCUGCGGUGGACUAACUACCUUCGCCCUGACCUCAAGCGUGGCCUCCUCAGCACUGCCGAGGAGCAGCUCGUCAUUGACCUCCAUGCCAAGCUCGGCAAUAGAUGGUCCAAGAUUGCUGCCAAGUUACCUGGGAGAACAGACAAUGAGAUCAAGAACCACUGGAACACGCACAUCAAGAAGAAGCUCAUCAAGAUGGGCCUCGACCCGGCCACGCACCAGCCUCUAUCCAAUUCCAAUGCAACUUCCUCACAGUCCACGGUUACAGAUGAAUCUGCUAAAUCCAGCGACUUCAGAGAGGAGCUGAGCUUGAAGGAUGACAGCCAUAGGGAGGUUCCACUGUCCACUGAUUCAUCAGAGCAGUCCAGCUGGCCAGAGUCAAGCACCAACGGCUGUGAUCAAGACCCUGAACUGCUGGUGAAUUGGCCAGACCUGUUGAUGGAUGAGCCAUGGUUGAAUUUUAUGAGCAGCAACGAUGAACUUGGGAAUGUCGAGGGGGCGUUGCCAUGGGAUGGAACAACAGACUGGCUGCUGGACUACCAAGACUUCGGCAUGUGCAGCUCGAACUCAGUCGACAAUUCAACGUUCCACGCCUCAAAUGGAUCGAACUUCUAAAGACCGGAGAAAGACUGCCCAUCAAAAUAAGGAGAAAGACAGACUGCAAGUUUGAGCGCACUGCACACUGCACAGCUCCCAGUAUAGAAAAUAGAUACAGUACUUACACGAAUAAGAUUGUGAAAAAAAGAGAUAGGCACGGGGCAUAUCUAGACCCUAGAGUAGUGAUACCUUGCCCUUAAAAGUAAGGGGUUUGUAUUGGUAGAAACCUAAUGUUUCUCGGUAUGAGAGGCUGAAGAACUAGAUUCAAAUGUAUGAAUCAUGCAAGGCAGGCUAUAUGUGACACGCAGGGUCAUGCUCAGCAGGUUGCAGUGAAUAAGAUUGCCGAUUUUCUGUGCAAGUUAAGGCUGUGCUCUGAGCAGUGCAGCAGCGAGGUAUAUCUGAUAUCUCCCUGUCGCUCUCCCGGGCAACUGUUGAGCAAUUACAGAGUUCAGAACAUGUUAUGUUAGUGACUCGCCAUCCUUCCAACAGUCAACUCACCUUCCUUCCAACAUCACACUCAUCACACAGGCUUGUGAAUUUUGAUGUGCAUAAUGUCGACCGAUUCUUGGCGAGGUAUCAGCCAAUGCCUAAUUAUUUGAGGGUAAGCUUAAGCGCACAUCAGAGAUGAAAGGAUCAAAGAAACAAGAUGACUGGGACUGUACAUGGAUCAGCAAGAGCCUGCCUGGAUUCUGCAACGAGUAACACGACAACCAUUGCACAGUAGGUCAGUCCAGUUUCCUUGAAAUGAACGUUCAGAGGCCAAAGGUGUCCCUAUUCCGUUGUCGUCCAUGUCCCUGACAAAGAUGCGAGACCGUAAAGAAGGCCUCAGUGAACCAACCAUACGUACACGGCGUACGUUUAUAGUCACGUAAUGCUGACGUGCUUCUUCCAACUCCGAUCAGAUGAAUGAACAAUGAAAUGCCAGGAGAAACCAAAGCCGUUACGAAUUCACAAGGCAAGAAUGGGGCCCUUGUUAGAGAGCUGACUUCCUUCCAAGCUCACCAAGCAGGUUUGUUAGAGAGCUGACUUCCUUCCUGCAGCGUUUUGGCACUGAAACCUUGCGCAUGUAUGCGUACAAAAAGGCGGGUUUUGUUGCGUGAUCCAAAUCACAGCACUGCCUUGUUUGUUUGAACUUCUCCACUGCACUAAUGGUGAUGGGAAGUUUUGGGAAUUCCUGAAGAAUUUGGAAAGCUCUCUUGCUGAAAGUCUGAGUCUCAAGAACCCCAGAUAAAUUCAUGGAUAGGAUCGCUGGAGUCUGUUUGUGGCCAGUUAGGUCACCUGUUAUGUCAGGUGGGCAUGAAUGUAUUCUUAUUCAUGAAAAUACCUGAUGGGCAUGAGUAUAUUCUUGAACAUAUGCAGAAAUUUUACCUACACUCGAAAUAUAUUGUGGAUGACUUUCAAGUGAGAA